AUGUCUUACAAUCAUAUGCUUCCUAAGAAAAUCGAUCUCAAACCGAAGAAACGUCACGGAUUUCAAGCCGUUCUAUUCCUUCUCGGUUGUCUCUUACCACCGCUUGCUGUGGCUGCGAGAUUCGGCAUAGGUUCUGAUUUCUUUUUGAACUGCUUUUUGUGUAUCUGUGGAUAUAUUCCUUCACAUUUUCACAACUUUUACAUUCAGAACAUCCGGAAUAAUACAAACCGUGCUCGUACACCCAAAUGGGCGAUCAAAUAUGGUCUUGUGGACAACUCCGACCGUGACCGUCGUAAGCAGAAAAAUCAAUGGGCCGGCAAGUUUGAAGAAAGGAACUCUCAUUCGGCUCUUGAGGGGCAGGAAUUGGCGGAAGGAGAAGUAGGAGAGAAUUAUGAUGCGGACGUUUUGGAAAAUCCCGAGGCGAGAGCGAGGAAAGUGAACCAGGGUUUGUGGACAGGAGAUGAUGAAUCUUAUUAUAAUGAGGAUCAAGCUCCUAAUCAGAGAGAAUGGCAUUAUCCUGCUAAUUUCGCUGGAGCGGUAGGAGAUGGACGUUCCAAGAGACGUGCCAAGAAUGUAGGUAGUGGUGAUCGAUGGGAUCGAACCCGCGCGGCAAGAGGUGACAGACCUUCUUCUCUGUCCGACGUGGGGGAAUCUACUUAUCCACCUGUCGCUGCCGACGAAGACAUUCCCGAGUGGGGAAGAGAUUAUGGAUCAAAAGGUCGACGUAGCGCAAAGAAUAAGAAGAAGCCGCAAGCAAAAGGACAUGAGUGGGCGAAUGGUGGACAAUACGCUCCCGAGGGACAGCACGGAGGUGAGAAUGGGAUCGCGAGACAGACCAGUGGGUCCAGGAAUGAAGUUCCGGCGGGUAAUGGGAGGAAGGUGGAUGUGAACUGGGAUCAUGAGUUUUGA